UCAAGCGAAAACCAGGCUUAAGUGCAUUGUGACGUUAUCGAGAAAACGAGCGCUAAAGUCGACGUCAUAAUUUAACGUCAUGAUAAAAUCAUUUUCUGCAACGCUGUCAUGUUUGAGAGUGAAUGAUUUUCUUCACGGACCACGGAACUGUCUGACCUAGAAAUUAUCAACACAGAAUAUUUUCCUACAAGAAAUCCCAUUAAUCAGAACAAAGAUACAUGUUCUAUCAAUGAUACCAGCGAUGAUGACGAAUCAGAUGACAAUCCAGCAAAUUUAGAGGCACGGAUCCACAUGUACGUCGAAGAGCAGAUGAAUGAAAAUCUCUCUGAUAACAGCGACGAUGAAGGCGACAUCAACAUUCUAGAUAAUCCAUGCACCGAGGAUGUAAAAUUGCGCUCUCUGAUUGAAAAGGGAUGCGGAUGUGCGAAAAACUGUAUCUCUACAUUUAGUUUUUCAGAUAUCAGAGAACAUGUUAUUUCCUUAUCCGAGAUGACGAGAAAUGAAAGAGAUUUCUAUAUCAUGGCGAAAUUAAAGGUAAAGGCUAGGCGCAGACAGUCAAAAGAUGAAGGUUCAACUAGAAAACGUAUUCGAUACCUCUAUGAAUUCAGAGAUGUUGAAGUUUGUCGACAAACAUUUUUGAUCACCCACAACAUUGGCAAAUUUACAUUAGAAUCUCUGAUUCGACAUCUCACAACAAAUGGGUUGACUUCGAGAACUCAUGGAAAUAAACAUAAGCGGCCGAAAAAUGCAUACAGUUUUGAUGUUUUGAGAGAUGCUGCCCAGUUCAUUACCAACUAUGCUGAGGAACAUGGCCUGCCCCAGCCGGCAGCAGUCAACAGAAAUAUUGGAGGGCACAUACUUCUACCAUGCAGUGAAAGCAAACAGUCUUUGUAUAAAAUAUACAAAGAUAUUUGUACUGAUAACAACAAAACAGCAGUAGGACUUACAACCUUUAAAGGAGUCUGGCAAAGUUGCUGUCCCAGUAUAAAAUUCAUGUCCCCCCAGACUGACGUGUGUCCUGUCUGUGCAUGAGCAGCACAAAUAUGAUAUUCAAUCGGUGAUGACGGAAAACGACAAGUUAGUGGCACACGAUCAAUAUAGUACACACUUGCAUGCAUGAAGUUAAAGCAGAACGACAGUUGUAUAACCAGAGUGUUACAAAUGCAAGAGCUGAGAUAGCUGAGCAACCCGUCCCAGUAAAUCCAGCGCCAGGGAUGUCGAUGGACCUACAGAAUGUUCAUUAUACAUUCGACUAUUCUCAAGCUGUAUCUAUUCCGCAUCACGUAUGUCAAGUCGGACCUUUAUACUUCGCAACUCCGAGAAAGGUCCAGGUGUUUGGAGUUGCUAUGGAAGGUAUAAGGAAGCAGUUUAACUUCCUUAUAGACGAGGAUUCCACACCAUGGGAAAACGGAACCAAGGUCAAGGGCGCAAUUGGAGUGAUUUCGAUGCUUCAUUACUGUUUUGAGAAUUUUGGACUAGGUGAGAAAGAAUGUCACUUACACUGUGAUAAUGCUUCAGGGGAAAACAAAAACAAAUUCAUGCUAGCAUAUUUGAUGUGGAGAAUUCUGAGUGGCAAGCAUUCCAAAAUAAAUUUGCAUAUGCAAGUUCCCUAUCAUGGCAAAAGCCUGGUAGAUGCUGAAUUUGCCUACAUCAAAAAGUUAUACAGAAGGGCUGAAGUCGACUCCUUGGAACAGUUAGCAUCCGUGGUUAGGAAAAGCGCGAGGUCCAAUGAAGUCAUUGUUUGGUGGGGCUGGCAGAGAAUGGCUCGAUUGGAAGACAUUUACUUCCGAGUACUUCGUUUCUUUCAAGGGCAUCAGGAAAUACAGACACCUUGUCUUCCAGGCAGAUAAACCAGGUAUUGUCUUAGCCAAAGAAUUACCAGAUUCACCCGGCACAGAAAUGAAACUGCUAAAACAGGGGAUCGAUGUAGGCACCAUCCAACCUCCCAAUGUCAUUCCAGCAGCUGGAUUAAGUCGAGAGAGAGCUGAAUACUUGUUUAAAUUCAUUCGACCUUUGUUAGGGUCCCUUACAAGGACGCCGUCGCCCCUUCCCCUGACGCCCAGGAAGAAUAACUACUGUCAGUGAAAGUCGACAAAUUUAUCAACGAAUGGUUAAAUAACAAUUGAUUAACCAUUAAAUAUAAUCGAUUGUGAAAAUAAAAUUUAAACUUGUGAAAGUGUUUUCAUUAAUAUC